AUGCCAGGCUCCACGCUAGAAGUGACGCUUGGAGUAAGGGAUAUUUAUGGCGCUGCGGACACGGACAACGUGCGCCUGCUGAUGCAUAACAGCAUAAACCUACUCCCGGACUUCGUCAUCUGUCGGUCUUCUGUGGCGAAACUGCUGAGAACGCCGUUCAGCGAGGAGGCCUGGCAGUUCGUGGCUUGUCGUUUCUACGGCGUUGUCUUCGUUCAGCACCUGUUGACGCACAAGGUGCGUGACGAUCACUAUCACUGCAUGAAGGACCUGCAAGACGACCUCAGGUCUUACUGGGGUCUCAAGUUUCCGGAGUACAUGUCCAGCUCCACUCCUGGCACCGACCCGGACGUGGACGCAGUGCUUAACGAGCUGGAAGAGUACAAGGUCGUCGUUCGCAACUGCCUUGGGUCUCACACGCUCUUGAUGGGCGCCACAAUCAAGGCGGUGGACCCGAGAUACGAACCCGGCUCGCCAAAAGGGUACGUCGUGUUCCGGACCCAGCGAAUGUUUCCUACCGACAGGCAGUGGUUCAACUUUAGAAGACACAAGCUCUUGGAAUGGUGGUGCUAUUCGGUGCCGAUUGGCGUCCCACGUGUGAUUUGCGGCUUCCGCGAUGACGAUGGGAUCGUGCAGAGCGUGAGGGAGUUUCAAGUGCACCAGAUGCCCGAGGAAGCAAGG